AUGUCUAGAAGAGAAGAGAAACGUGCUAAAAUUGAAGAAAAUCGUCGUCUCAAACAGAUUCAAGAUGACCAACGAUUGAAUAAAAAUCACGUAAAGUCAAAAAUCGACGAUCAUCUAUCUCUAAAUGUACCACCAUUAUCUAAUAAUCAAUCAUACCUAAAUGAAUUUGAUUGGAUUAGAGUUCGAUUAAUUCAAGAUUAUUUUACAGAAGCUGUAAAAUUGAAUGAAAUAACUGGUAUAUUAUCUUAUCCUUCAACACAAUCAAUUACAACAACAUUAGAAUUAUUUCAUAUGCCAAUUCAUAUAACAUCAAUGCGUCUUAUUAGUUAUAUAAAACAAUUAAAUGAAUUCCAACAAUUAAACCAAGAAGAUCAAGUUUAUUUAAUUAAAUUAAAUUUAUUAACACUUUGUUUUUUUCAUUUAAUAUUUAUUUAUGAUCCAAGAACAGAUCUUUAUUAUGAACCAAAUACAAAAGAUCCACAUUUUUCUGGCAAAGAUUUGAAUAAAAUAUUGAAUAAACAAUUUCAUAUUGAAAUGAAACAACUACGAAAUGAUAUCAUUGAUAUAUUUCAAUUAGAUGAUAUUGUUAUAAAAUUAUUUCUUUUAAUUUUCAUUUUUUCAAAUCAAAUCACAUUAAAUCAAUCAUCUGAAUGUGCAUUAAUAGAUAUUAAUGUGCUAGAUAUAUUCAAAGCACAAAAUAUCUUUAUUGAUUUGGCAUUUAAAUAUUGUCUCAAUCAAUAUGGAUUUCGAAAGACCUCAGUUUUGUUUUCAAGAUAUAUUUAUAAAAUCAUGAAGAUACAACAAUUAGUUGAUGAAGUUAAAUAUACAAUAGAUACAUAUAUAGAUACAAGACAGUUAUCAUCAUUAAUGCAAUGUCUUCUUACAUGA